AUGGAAGUUGUGGAUACUAAAAAAUCUCAUGCCACCCUAUUUCUUGGCAUCCAUGGAAUGGGAGGCAUUGGUAAGACUACUCUUGCUAAAGCCAUCUACAACAAGCUUUCCAGUCAAUUCGAGCACCGUAGCUUCAUCGCCGAUAUAAGGGAAUCAUGGAAGCGUAACGGCGCACUUUACUUACGUAAUCGGUUAAUCUAUGAUAUAUCGAAGCGCGAAAAUGAAGUCCAUAAUGAGGAUGAAGGGGCUAAGUACAUCUCUUCCAAGUUUAAAGGUACAAAGGUCCUCCUUCUUCUUGAUGAUGUGGAUCAUGUUGUUCAAUUGAAGCGUUUGGCUAGUAAUCGUGAUUGGUUUUCUUCGGGAAGUAUGAUCAUUAUUACCACCAGAGACGAGGGUAUUCUUCAAGAAUUUGGGGUGGACUACGCCUAUGACCAUAAAGAAAUGGAUAAAGAUCAAUCUUUGAUUCUGUUUAGCAAACAUGCAUUCCGAAGGGACUCUCCUCCAAGGGAUUUUGAGGACCUCACCCAUGAAGUUGUAUCCACCACCGGAGGGCUUCCCUUAACCCUUGAGGGAAUAGGAAAAAUUGAGGCCAUUGAUUUGAGUGAAGGCAACUCAAAAGGCUUCGGCAAAAUAGUUGAGCGAGAUGACAACAUUUACACGGGAGAACAAUUCAAGAAGUUGACAAGGCUAAGAUUCCUUCACAUGAUGAAGGGGGCACAUCUCACCGGUUGUGAAUCCUUGGAAACUACGGAAUUCCUCUCGGCUUUUAAGAAUUUGGAGGUUUUGAACCUCGGUUAUUGUUCGCGGCUGCGGCAAAUCGACUCUUCAAUUGGAGGCAUGAUGGCCCUCCUUCGCUUGGACUUGCGCUACUGUAGCGACCUCACAAAGCUUCCGGAAGAAAUAGGUGAAUUAAAGGCGCUGGAGCAACUCCUUCUAACACACACUCAACUUUCUGCAUUGCCGGAAAGCAUAGGAUCUUUGCGGAAUCUAGAAAUUCUAGAUAUUUCUUGGAGUGAUAUAGAAGAAUUACCCGAUGAUAUUGGGAGGUUGAAAAAGCUCCGAGAUUUAAAUGCUUCAAUUUACCUAAAUCUCAAAGGGGAAAUGCCGUAA